CGAGAUUACCAGCUCGAGAUGCUCGAGGCGAGUCUCAAGGAGAACAUCAUCGUGGCGGUAUGGAUCCCUUCAUAGACUCUAUCUGAACCCUCUCUCUGUUGACCUCUGCUGACCGUUCGUUCUAGAUGGAGACGGGGAGUGGAAAGACGCAUGUGUACGUCAGUUUCAGCCCGUGGAAACAUCAUCAUCAUCAUCACCACCACCAUCAAUAUUAAGACUCAAGAUUCAUCAUUUUUAUAAUUUGUGUGAUGGUCUAUGUCAUGGCCAAAGCGGUCCCUCGAAAAUACUGAUCGGAACAGGGCUGUGUUGCGCAUUCUCGCCGAGUUGGAGAGAUCGCUUCCAGACAGGAUGAUCUGGUUCCUCGCCCCCACCGUCGCCCUUUGUAACCAGCAACAUGAUGUUCUCGCCGCCCAUCUCCCCGUCAAGAUCCGCCUGCUCACCGGCGCCGACAACGUCGACCGCUGGACAGAGCAGGCCGUCUGGGACGCGGUGCUGGACGGCGUGAGGGUCGUUGUCUCGACCUUUGCUGUCCUCACAGAUGCCAUGGGCCAUGGCUUCGUGAAGACAGGGCAGCUUGCGUUGCUGAUCUUUGACGAGGCACACCAUUGCACGAAGCGUAGUCCUGCCAACAAGAUAAUGCAGGAUUUUUACCAUCCAGCCCGUCUGAAAUACGGGUCGGAUGCUGUCCCACGCAUUCUGGGUCUCAGUGCCAGUCCUGUCUUGCGCUCGAACCCGGCGGACUUGCGUAUCAUCGAGUCAAACCUUCAUGCGGUAUGUAGGACCCCGCGCAUGCACCGUGCCGAGUUGGCCAGGUAUACGCAUCGUCCACGUCUGCAUCGAGUUUGGUUCAAGCGGACGGAAGACUCCGAUCUGACACAGGCCAACGAGACGCUCAGAGCCCUGCUGCACGCGUGGGAAACGCUGGAGGAGGGAUACGAUCCCUCCGUCAAGCAGAUGAAAGGGUUCGACGAGCUGAAACGCUUCGUCGACCGCAGCCGACACGUCUUUGACGAGCUCGGCGACUGGGCGGCCGAGUAUUUCAUUCAGUCUUCCAUCGCACAGUUCCGCGCCCGGUUUCGUGAUGCCUGUAUGUCACAAGACGGCAGUCCAGACGAUGAGGCAACCUCCAUCGCUACCUUUCUCUCCAGGAUCCCUUCUUCUUCUUCUUCUUCUUCUUCUUCUUCUCCUUCUAUUCUCGACCUCAGUGUGGAGCAGGAUUUGCUCCCCGUCUGCUCCAAGAUGGAGUCGCUGAUCGCCUUCCUCAACCAUUCCUAUACACCCGACUUCUCCGGCCUUAUCUUCGUCACCCGCCGGGCCACCGUGGCUGUCAUGGCCACGAUUCUGGCUCUGGACCCCCGGACGCGUGACCGGUUCCGCUGCGCCCCCUGCGUCGGAUGGGCCAGUACUGGUAGUACCGGUGGCAAAAAGGAUUCCCUGCUAGACGAGCUGCUGGAUAUCCAGACCCAGCGCGAUACUCUGGCCGAUUUCCGCGCGGGGCGUAAGAAUCUGCUCGUGGCGACCAGCGUGCUCGAGGAAGGAAUCGACGUCAGCGCCUGUAGCCUGGUCAUCUGCUACGACAAACCGGCCAACCUCAAGUCCUUUGUCCAGCGACGCGGCCGUGCCCGCCAGCAGCGCUCGACGUUCGUCCUCAUGACGGAGAUCGACGACCCUUCCCCGGAGCUGCGCCGCUUCACGGACCUCGAGCGCAUCAUGAUCCAGACCUACCAGGAUGACCAGCGCCGGCUAGAGGAGGCCCGCGGCAUCGAGGCGCUGGAUGAAGCAAUGCCUGAUACCCUCCGGCUUCGAGUCGAGUCGACGGGGGCCCUCUUGACUGCCGACACGGCCAUCGCUCACCUACAUCACUUCUGCGCCGUCUUGCCGCACGAGCCCUACGCCGACACUCGGCCAGUCUUCUCCUUCACCGCCGCCAUGGGCAUGGCUGAUGAUGAGACCGCUCUAUUGAAUGGCACCGUCAUCCUGCCAAACUGCGUCGACCCGGCCAUCCGGAGGGCGACGGGCUCCGGUUGGUGGCGGACAGAGCGUGCUGCCAUGAAAGACGCCGCUUUCCAGGCAUACAAAGCGCUCUACAUUGCGGGCUUGGUUAACGAACAUCUCCUACCCUUGACAAAGAAACGGGAGCUUCGCAGUAGUGGUGGCGGUGGUGGGGGUGACGACGACGAUACUACCGACCAUGAUUCACACGAGGAGAGUCUGCCCUCCACGCUGGAGGUUUCCGGCCAGCUAGAUCCCUGGGUUGGACUUGCGCACGCCUGGUCCGCACCGGACAUCCAUCGCAGCCUGGUAACGAUCCGGAAGAAGCCGGUCAUCGAUGGGCCUGCAACGGAAGACAUGUCCUUGAUACUUACCACCCCACUGGCAAUGCCGAGCGUGGAACCCUUAACGCUCUACUGGGAUGCCGAGAGCACCUUCGAGGUGAGCAUCGAGACAGACGCCCAGCAAGAGCCACCAGUAGCAGCUCCAGCGGUGGGUGGCAGCAUGCUCUCCGCCGACGAGGUGACAACUCUCCGCGAGAUCACGGCCGUCUACAUCCACGCGCCGCACUCGAACCCGCCGUACACGGAAAAUGACUUUGUCGCGCUUUUUCACCCGCAGAUGCCGACCGACCAGUUGCCCGCCUGGCUGCACUCGGUCCAGGGGAGGCGUCCUGCCGUGGAGGCGUAUCGUCUAUCGUUGCACCCGCAGAGUAUGGGUCUUGUACGCGACAAGGUGCGCUACGACGCGCCGCAUGUCUUCAAACAGUGGCACGUAGACAUGGACGAUGCAUCCCUUGAGGUGGAAUGCUAUAAGCUGUCUCCACGGCGGAACCUCUUGCACCCGCUGCCUCCUUUUUCGCCUCUCCCCCCUUCUUCUCCCAGAUCGUCGUCUUCGCCUCCUCCGUCUUCCUCGUCUUCGUCUUCUCCAGAUGUGGAAGAUACAUGCACCGUCGAUCGACUCCCCGCCGACCAGGCGCUGAUCGGCCUGUUCAUCCCCGCCGUGCUCGACCAGCUGGAGGCCGCCCUGCUGGCAACUCGGUUACGCAGGACGGUCCUUCGCGACAUCCCCUUUGCGACGAACCGCCACAUCCUCACCGCCAUCACCGCGCCCUCCGCACAGACGCGCACGCACUACCAGCGCUACGAGUUCUUCGGCGACUCGGUCCUCAAGUUCGCGGUCUCGUCCCAUCUGUUCGUCCGCCAGCCGACCUGGCACGAGGGGUACCUGUCCGAAGGACGGGACGCAAUCGUCAAGAACAACAGGCUGACGCGCGUUGCUCUACGGACGGGCCUCGACGCCUUCAUCAUCACCAAGGCGUUUACCCCGAGAAAGUGGCGGGCGCCACUCAUCAGCCGAUGCAUUAACCCUCCCGACAAUGACGCGGUGGCGGUGCCUCCUAGUAAACGCUCCAUGUCGGCCAAAGUCCUCGCCGACGUCGUCGAGGCCCUCAUCGGGGCGGCCUACUUCGAAGGCGGCCACGACAUGGCCCGCCUCUGCAUCCACACCUUUCUCCCCGAGGUACCGACCACGCGCGCCGAUUUCAGCCGGCAUCGAAACAAGAAGGGCUCCAAUACGACGAUGACGCCCAUGCCGAGGAACCACCUGCUCACCCCCGAGCUGAAGGAGCACAUCGGGUACACCUUUCGCGACGAGUCUCUCCUCCUCGAAGCCCUGACGCAUCCCUCGUGCGAAUACGACGAGACCACUCAGUCGUACCAACGGCUCGAGUUCCUAGGCGACGCCGUGCUGGACAUGGUCGUCGCGGGUGUGUUGGCUCGACAUGGGGGUGCCUAUUCCCCACACGAGAUGACGACCAUCAAACAUGCUCUCGUCAAUGCGAAUUUGCUCGCUUUCUUCUGCAUGGAGUUUGCUCGCGGCCCUACCCCUGCAAAUGCAGCUUCCACGACUACUACCGAGACAAUAUCUCUCUGGCGCUUCAUGCGCAGCCAGGGCACAGAUCUAAGAGUCUCCCGCGACGCCUGUCUCCUCCGCCACGCCGAGCUACGGGCCUCCAUCCUGGCCGCCCUGCACUCCGGAAACAUGUACCCAUGGGAACCCCUUGCGCGCCUCAACGCCGACAAGUUCUUCUCCGACCUGAUCGAGAGCAUGAUCGGGGCCAUCUUCGUGGAUUCGGAGGGUGACCUGGCAGUGUGUGAAGCGUUUAUCGCCCGGCUAGGCCUCCUCGAUUAUCUGGCUAGGAUUUUAAAUGCGGCAGAUCCCGUGGGCGUCAUACACCCGCGCGCUAUCGUCCAGAAGCUCGCCAAGAGUCAAUCGGUGCAGUAUCUUGUCCAGCGGGUGGAGAGGAAGGCCGGAACCGUCGUCGCAGCCACGUAUACAUGUCGUGUCUUGCUUGGGGGGGAACAGGUUGUCUUCGUGGACGGGUGUGGGAGUAGUGAAGAGGCGGAAGUCAGGGCUGCUAACCUCGCCAUGGCUUCUUUCUAA